UUGCUCUCUUCUCGCUGUGUGUGUCUAUCUGUGUUUCUGCUGUGCGACAGCGACUCGGCUCUCAUUACGGUUUUCUCCUCUUUCCAGUUUCCCGGUUCAAUUCUUGUUCAAACCAAGUUGCACAUUGAAUGCAUGCUUUGAUUGUGACGAUAUUGCACACUGCGACUAUUUGAUGAUUGUUGGUGAAACUCCGUGAAAGCAUUAAAUUUGGGAGUGUGAGGCAGUUUGGGCUGUGUGGAUCUCUUGGUCUUCUGUGCAUCGUGAUUCGUGACAGUUGUCGGGCAGCAUGACGUCGGCGGUGUGGAGCUCGUUGGGGAAGGUGUCUGCGCGGGUGAACGCGUGGGUGGAGGAGGACGCGGUGCUGCGGCAGAGCCGGCCCUACCUGGCAGCCCUGGGGGCGCUGUCGGCGGGGGUGGUGGGGGUGACGGCGGCCUACCAGCUGGCCAAGGGCAUCACUAGCUACUGUCUGGCGGCCCCGCUGGCGCUGGGCAUCAACGUCCGCGAAUACGGGGAAUGGGCAGUGGUGACGGGGGCCAACGCGGGCAUCGGGAAGGUCUUCUGUCUGGAGUUGGCGCGUCGCGGUCUCAACGUGGUCCUCAUCGGGCGCAACGAGGAGAAACUGCAGGUGGCCGCCCGCGACGUCGAGUUGACGCACCGCGUGAAGACGAAGGUGAUCGUGGCCGAUCUGAGCACGACGAAUCUGGCCGUCUACACCGACAUCCAGCAGCAGCUGACGGCCCUCAAGAUCGCCAUUCUCGUGAACAACGUGGGCCAGGGCGGCGACGAUGCGCCGUUCCUGGAGAACCCGCCCGACAGCCAGGGCUGCUUGGAUCUCAUCAACACCAACACCACCGCCUACGUCAUGAUGACGCGUCUCAUCCUGCCGGGUAUGUUGACGCGUGGCCGCGGCAUCGUCGUCUUCCUCUCCUCAGUUCGCGGUGAUGUGCCGACGCCGAAAUCGGCCGUCUACUCCGCCACCAAAGCGUUCGACCAGUUCUUCGCCUGCGCGCUGCACGAGGAGUACAAGGAGCGCGGCAUCGUGGUGCAGUGCGUGAUGCCGGGCGCGGUGCAGACGAAGAUGGUGCAGGAGGACGAGAAGGAGGGCUUCUGGUGCGUCAAGCCCGAGAUCUUCGUCCCCAGCUGCAUCGCGCAGUUGGGCGUGCGGACGCGCACCUACGGCCACUGGAAGCACGCCCUGCACAUCAAGAUACGCAAGUACAUCCCCGGAAUGAACAGCAAAUGAUCCCUGGAUGGAUAGCGUCAGCGUUCUCCUACGCACUGCUUUUAUUCUCUUUUAAUUAACGCUGCUUCCCCGUCGCUAUGCUCGCUGUUUGAUUUAUGGUUUACUGGGCAGUCUGAUUGUCAGCCAACAGCCAUUCAAUACUGGUCUCACUCCGACUAAUGGAGAUUGGGGCCGGCUUAUGUACGUACUGUGUACGUACAUAAUAUCUACAUGUGCUGCAUUUCUACCGCCGAAUAAAUCAACUUCUAUUUG